GUGAAUAUCAGUAUUUAUAUUAUAUUAAUAUAGCUUGUUGGAUUUAGUGGUUAAUAGUUUGACUAAUCAUUAAGAUCAUUAACCACUACGAGAAGAAAAAACAACAACCAGUUGUAAAAUACGCAACUUUGAUUCACAAGGUAUAGCAAAAGCAAUAUAUUUACAAGAUGAGUGAUCUAAAUCAUUUUGAAUCUUCAAGUCAUCAUAACCACCAUUCUCAACAAACGUCUUCGGCGUUGUUAGAACAAUUGGUAUAUAUUGAUACAUUUAUGAAUAGUAAUGGUGCUGGUAAUGGUGGAGGGUCUACUGGAGAUUUAACCCCUAAUUUGGAUAUAGAUGGACAAUUAUCAAUGGAUUUGGCCGCUUUUGCUGAUGAUUCAUUUAUCUUUCCUGAUGAAGAUAAACCAAAACAUGGAAGAGGAGGUCAUGAUGAUGAUGAUGAUGAAAUGGAUUUGGAUGCUUUUGGUAAUGGUGAUAAUAAUCAUAAUAAUCAUGAUAAUGGUCACAUAAAGAGUGAAGGUGAGGAUCCUUUAUUAUCAAGUAAUUUGGCUUCUUCAACUGAUAGUUCUCCAAAUUUUCAACAUCUUAAUGGAAAUAACCAUCACCAACAACAAUUACUUCAACAACAUCAAUCUCAACAACUUCAUCAUAAUCCUUCACAAUUAGUUCUAUCAAAUACAUUCAAUAAUAAUAAUACUACUACUAGUAAUUCUGGUAAUAGUAAUAGUAAUGGUCACAGCGUUCUAGAUGAUAUUAAUAUAUCAAAAUUACCAAAAUUCCCUGUACCACCAGGAGCUAAAAAUUCUUUGGUUAGUGCUGGUUUAUCUCAAAAUCAAAUUGAUUUACUUAGUGCAUUAAUUGCUCAACACCAAACAAGAUUAGGUAAUCCAAUACCGGGAUCUUCCUCUUCAAAUUCUAAUUCUAAUAACAAUGGCGAUUACACUCCACAAUUAAUAAGCCAAAACUUUAAUUCUCCAGUCAGACAACAUAAUCAACUUCAAUCUUUCAGUAGUACAAGCACAAAUGAAGAUGCCAUAGUUAAUGGCUCUAAUGGAACAACAGGGGCACUUUUUAAUGAUAGUCCCGUAUCCAUGACAUCUUCGACAACAACUUUACAAGCAUCGCCUAGUUUAACUAUAAAAUCUGAUGACACUUUCUCACUUAAAGAUCAGUUAUCAGGUGGUUCAUCGGGUGGAUCUCAUUCUGCUGAACUUGAUAAACGCCGUCGCAAUACGGCUGCUAGUGCGAGAUUCAGAAUCAAGAAGAAACUCAAAGAAAAGCAAAUGGAACAUCGUAUAUUCUCCCUUAAUGAAACAAUUAAAGAAUUUGAAAUUAAAAUCCAACAGUUGGAGAUGGAGAAUAAACUUUUGAGAAAUUUAAUUAUUGAAAAGGGGAGUCAAAAAUCAGAUAAUGAGUUGAAAUUAUUACGUGAACGUGCUAAGCUAAACUGAAAUUAUAUACUACCGAAACUAAUAAUUUAUGACUUCUAUGAACCUUUAACAACAAAUUUGUAUUCUGGGAAUACUUUUUAGAUUUACUUCCUACUAUUUUUACUUUCUUAUACAUAGGUACAUAUAUUUAUUCAUUUCAUACAUUGUAUAUUUAAUACAUACUUAUUAAAAUAAUAAAAGAUUUUAUUACUUCGCUAUAUUUGAGUGAAUGUAGAGAAUAGUUUUA